AGUGAGGAAGAAUAUAUUCUCCAUCAAGAAAAAAUAGAUAAGUAUACAAAAGAUGAAUAUAAUUGUCGCUCUUAUCUAUUGAAUUGUCUUGCCGAUCAUUUCUAUGAUUAUUAUGAUACAACUUACAAUUCUGCCAAGAAAAUUUGGAAAGCUUUACAAAGCAAGUAUGAUACCGAGGAGGCUGGUGCAAAGAAGUAUGUUGCUAGUAGAUUUUUCCGUUACCAAAUGGUGGAUGGAAAAUCGGUGGUGGAUCAAGCACAAGACUUCCAAAUGAUUGUAGCAGAAUUGAGAUCCGAAAGCAUAAAGAUUGGAGACAAUUUGGUGGUAGCUGGCAUAAUUGAUAAACUACCACAAUCUUGGAGGGAGUUCCAAAAGACUUUGCGGCACAAACAAAAGGAGACAUCCUUAGAGACUUUGAUCACACGCAUCCGUGUGGAGGAGGAGGCUAGAGGACAAGAUGCACUCAUGACACAAGAGAGCAAUGGUAAUUCCACCACAAAGAUCCAUUUACCAAGGCCUUGGCAAAAGAUAGAGUCUGGAAUACAUCGAGGGGGAUGGGACUAAAGUCCAUAGAAUCAUGAGCCAUGUAUGAGGAUACCCAACCCAAGGACCAGAGAUCCUGAGAAUUGGGUUCAAUGGGAAAA